AUGGUGUUUGCUUACCUCGGUAACAUUCGUUCCAGAAAUAGGCCUUCUGUGAUCUGCUCCAGUCUAACCCCUUGUUGUCUUCCUCGUCAGAUUAUCCUGCCGCCUCCUCGUUGCUCUGGUGUGAUCCAUUGUCGCUGGGUUCUGAGUGAGUGUGCCUAUUCCCCCUUCGUGGAUCACCUACCUCCUGUGUGUUUCCCCGACGCUGUCGGUGUUACCGGCCAGACGCUACCCCUCGUGUGUACCUACCUCCUGUGUCCUCCCUCGACACUGUCGGUGUUACCGGUCAGACGCCACCCCUUGUGUGUACCUACCUCCUGUGUCCUCCCUCGACACUGUCGGUGUUACCGGCCAGACGCCACCCCUCGUGUGUACCUACCUCCUGUGUCCUCCCUCGACACUGUCGGUGUUACCGGCCAGACGCUACCCCUCGUGUGUACCUACCUCCUGUGUCCUCCCUCGACGCUGUCGGUGUUACCGGUCAGACGCCACUCCUCGUGUGUGUGCGUUUUCCCCCCUUCGUUGAUCCAUCUCCGGUGGAUUCCCCUUCGGGACGCCACGGGUCUGGAGACCCACGCCCGAACCCUCCGGAGAACCAACUCUGACGGACCUAGUUCCAGGCCGUCCUCUCAAGGGGAGCUACCUGACCGCUCUCCUACGAGCUCACUGCCUUCGCUCCACUCCGUCUACAUCACCUCCCUUCCAAUAAGACGACCCGGUCCGCUGAUCCAGUAUUCACUAUCUGCUUCCUGUUCUUUCAAUAAACCAUCAUUGUAUUUCACUCGCCUAUCUGAUUGUGUUCUUGCAUGUGGGUUCGAAAGCUAAGUCCCAACAUGACACUGUGUGGUGUGUAUUCUGACUAAAUGUCUUGCUACAACACAUGUACCAUCACAAUGCCACACCCUCACGCACACAGUCUUGAUUCUCUGGAAAAAACAGGCAGGCAAUUCUAUUGCUGAGAAUAACACGUUAUCUAAUGUAUUUAUUAACCUUUUUAUUGUAGAUUUCCAAGAUAAUACAAAGGUUUUUUUUUUUUAAUGUAUUCCAUAAAAACUACAUACCAACCUGACAAACAUCCACAAUAAUAAAAAAAAUCUAAAGCUUCUUUUUCAUCCAUUGAUUUAGUUUUCUUCUCACUUCAGCCUUGUAGACAAACAAAGCUCUGCACAUCAUUUGCUUCAGCCAGAUUCUCUUGUGUUCUCCCCUACUGUGGUCUGUUCUGAUUGUGAUUCCUUCCUAAAUGGCUUCCUACUGAGUGUGCCAACACAUUUUUAUGAAACAUCCAGCAUUUCUGUAAAAGCUAAUCAUGUAGGACAUCAAAGCACAAGUCUGAUGCCUUGAUCAAGACACAUCUAAAGAGCCAGCUCAGUGCAAGGCUCCUCUACAGACUGGGGCCUAGCAUGUUUGUUUGGAUGAGAAUUAUGGGAAAAAUUACACCUUCAGACCCCAUGAUAUGAAAAAAAUGUAAGGUUGGAAAACUCUCUAAUUUCAUAGUUUGAGUUCAGACUAACAUCCAACAUGACUUUUUGCCUUAUUGACCUCCUGGAAUGUUUUCCACUUCCAUUAUGUUUUACCCUUUAAUGUCAGAGUGAGUCAGAUUUCUACAAAAUAUUGUCAAUUAAAUAAAAAUAUCUAAAAUAAGUGUGCAAUAAUAUACUUCUUUUAGCUGGAAUUGAACACUUCAGGUGAAGUGUCCUCGGGCAAAACAUGUCACCUCCCUUGUCUACUGGUGUUUGCUGACAUCAGCAUGUGAAUAUGCUUUUAAGAACUCGAGAUAUAAAUAAAAUCAAUUAGAAUUUAGUAGAUGCACCUUUACCUGCAAUAUAUUGGAUUGAGUCUGGGCUUUGACUGGGCAAUCCACCUUGUUGUCUUCAAACCCUUCAGGGCUUUAUUUUGAGCCAUUAUCUUGCUGGAAAAUGAAUGUUAACUGAAUCUGUAGUUAUUUUGUCUCAAAUUGGACCUAAGAUGAAAAUUUCAGACCCCUCCAUGAUUUCUAAGUGGGAGAACUUGAAAAGUCGCAGGGUGUUCAAAUACCUAUUUUCCUCACUCUAUGUACCCAGAUAGCACAGAAUGAUUGAAACAACUUUGAAUGCUGACAUU